GCACGGCCCGCCCCGGACCCACCCAGCAAAAAUCCCCGAAGCUGCGACUUCUCCUCCUCCUCCUCCUCUUCCUCCUCCGCCUGGUUCUGCGAAAACAGCGACCUCCGCCGUCAUGUCUGGUGAUCCUGUAUCCGGCUCUGCCUCUGGCAGCAACCGACGUCUCCAGCAGACUCAGAACCAAGUUGACGAGGUGGUGGAUAUCAUGAGGGUCAACGUCGACAAGGUUUUGGAGCGGGAUCAGAAGCUGUCCGAGCUGGACGAUCGGGCCGACGCCUUGCAAGCCGGAGCCGCUCAGUUCGAGACGAACGCGGCCAAGCUGAAGAGGAAAUAUUGGUGGAAGAAUUGCAAGAUGUGGGCCAUACUGAUUACAGUGGUGGUAGUCCUUCUCAUCAUUAUCAUUGUUUGGAGCGUGUACUGAUGACCUGGCACAAGAUUAAAAUCCUGUUUCAACCUCCAAAUUCUUCCAUUUCACCUGCUUCGUUGCCAAGCUUUCGUAAAGGAUGCACAAAUCAUUUAUCCUGGACGGCUGUGUUUGUAACUCUUUAUAGUUUGAGUGACGGACAGUUCAGUUCAGAAGUUAGUAUGGAAGCUGCAGGAGGAAACAACUUCACGCCUCCCACCUUGUUGAUCAUGUGCUAAAAUUGCCAUUUCUCGGACAAACCCAUAUUAUUCCUCUCCCGGUUAGACUGUUAGAAACGGAGAAUCAGUUCAUACUUCUGCUUUCCUAAAAUUAAUCCAUUUUUUUUAAAAAAAAACACCACAAUUGUUACAUAGAGAACAACCACGGUGCCUUCAUUAAAUCACAAUUUUUCGAGGGGAGCAGACCAUCACGUGCAAACACUACUCUCUCUUUUUAAAGCCUCUUGCAAAGAUUUGCACACUUGGGGCACUUAAAAUAGCCACCCCAAACCUUGGAAGUAUUUUGGAUGCAAAUGUAGUUGCAACUUAGCGCCUCUUGUUUGAACCUGAAUUUGUUGCAGAGAUGCAGCGAUUGUGAUUCUCUCAACACAAUUGCAAGCCAAGAUAAUCAUCAUCACAGAUGCAGCGAUUGUGGGUUUUUUUCAACACAAUUGCAAGCAAAAAAAUAACAAUAAUCACGAUGGCUUUUCGGAAGCGUUUUGACUUCUUUUUUUUUUUUUUUGGUUGCAACCGUUGUUCUGCAUUGCCAAUUUAGUAAUUCUGUUAACGAGGCUUAUUUUUCUAUAGAUCAAAUCUCUUUUCAUUUUUGCAUUUGUCCUGUCAGUUGAGCACCCCCAAAUAGCCACAAAUAACAGCUGAUCCCCAUAAAUUAUUCAAGCUUUCUCAUCGGAUUAUUUUUCUACUUGUCUUUGGGAACCUGGUUAUAUUUCUGGGGGGGUGUUUUUUUUCCAGUACUUUUGUAUAGCUUGAAAACCGCCACGGUUUGGAAACGCCUGAAAAUAAGUUUUCCUGCCUGGGAAAUUGUCUUCGUUACUGUUGUUUUUUUCCUACCCAAUUCUUAACCAAACUUGAACGGCUGUGUUUUUCUACUACUAACAAGCAAUCUUGGUUUAUUAUCAGCCAGGCAGAAAUGUUUUCAACGGCCCGGUAGAUCAAGCGACUGAAUUUUUUAUUGUAGCUAUUUAAUAAAGGAGUGAUUGUCAAUCGGA